AACAAUAUUUACACUGAGGAAACAACUCAACAAAUAAAUUUUAACUUUUCUGCGCAAUCAUAAAAAAUAUAAAAUAAAGUGCCUUUGUGUGCACUUAAAUGGUAUCGCCGCGCAGAUCCGCAUUCCCCACAACAGAAGAACCCCUGUGGGAUAAUAACAUGUCGUUGCCGGCAAAAAGCUGUGAAAGCCUCUAUUCGGCCAGCUCUCGCGAAUCUGCUAGCCAAAUUUAUCAACGGAAACAACCGCAGCGCGGCAUGAAGGCAUCUAAUGGCCUUCGUCAGCCAUCGAUGGUGAACAACAAAGCCACCAGCGACAUCCAUCAACGGGUGAUGUCCGCUCGCAAUUUGCGUGUGAAGACCUUCCAGAAUCAGCUGGCCGAUGCCCAGGCCGAAAUUUCGAAUUUGGCCCACGAGAAUCGUAUGCUGCGCACCAUGCACAAACGCCAAUCGAUGGCCCUCAAUAAAUAUGAGAAUACGGGUGCGGAGCUGCCUCAGCUAUUGCACUCUCAUGCCGAAGAGCUACGUGUCUGGCAGACCAAGCAUCGCAAUGUACAGGCAGCCAAUAAGGAGCUGGAACAGAAGCUCAAACAGAAGGAACAACAAAUCUUGACUCUAAGCGACCAGAAUAGACACUUCAGUCAGCUGAUUCGAGACAAAAAUCUGGAUGAACGGCAGAAGCUACAGGAUAAGGUGCGUGUCCUGGAGCAGCGCCUGCAGGAAAAGGAUAACGAUAUGAAACUUAUGGCACGCAAGGUGCAGCUGGAAUCGAAGAACUUCCGCCAGCAGCUGCUCAACGAGCAAAAGAAGUGCAAGGAGGUGAUGCUGAAGCUAGAGAAGGCCAAGUUGGAAAUCAGUGGAUAUCGCAAGCUAGAGGAAUUUACAAUUGACAAGUCUAAUCCCUUGUCCGCGAGUCGACGCACCAAAUUGAAUGCCGUCGAGGAAACAGAUAAGAUUGAAAAGUUGGAGAAGUCCCUCGAAAUGCUGGACAAGGCCAUUGAGAAAAAUAAUCAAAGUGAAUUCAAUGCGCUGACCGACGUUCUGGAUACAGACUCAAAUUUCGAUUUUGAAAAGGACGAUGAUGAGGAGAAGAAUGCCAUUCAAGCGUCAGAGGGUCCAGAUAACAAAGACAACAAACCAAUACGCGCCAAAUUGACGCUACCUCCGGCCAACAACCAGCUGAAGCCUUUGUCCAGUGCUCAAUCCAAUGCAUCACGUCCUUCGCUCGGCCAAUCCUUGAUUCCGUCUAAACUUAAUUCUGGCAAGUCGAACUCACGUCAGCGUAGCGGUGCCGGCGGCGGCGGUUUUGGUGGCAGCUUAUCCACAUUGGGCAGCAGCAAUGCACGCAGCAGCUUGCCCGGCAAGCGUCGAGAGAGCGAGGCCCCCAGCUCGAAGCAUACACCAGCAGCAGCAGCAGCAUCUGCUGCAGAUACAGCUGCCGAAAAGCUGGAGGCACUGGCAAAGACAUUGGAAUACGACUAUGAAGAGGAUUCGGACCGUGAUGAGGAUGAGGACAGUGAUGACAAAAAGUAUGGAAAAAUGGACGAAGAAGAUGAUGCUGGAAGCGAUGAGGAGGAAAAUCAAAAUAAUGGCCAAGAUGAAUAUGUAUCAUACUUGGACACCAAGUGUGAACUGGUUGAAAUGCUGGAAAUGGACGAGGAGUACGAGGAUGACGACGAUGACUUACAAUCACCGGAGCCACCAAGCAAAGCUGUGCAGCAGAAGCUUAACUUGCGUGCGCCCAACAUGAAGGAAAACAUGGCUGGCAUUCGAAAGCUCAUCUCAGAUGACUACAAGGAACGUGAGAACUUCUUGGAUAUCCACUGUCGUCCCACUUCGGGCACUAAUUCGCGCGACGAUCCAGGCAAAAAGAAGCGCCCAGGCCACGCAGCAGCUGCUCCUGCAGGUGGCCACUUGGUCGCCAGUCGCAAACAUGCUCUGCUCGCCGCUCUAAAGGUCAUCGAUGACAACAAGGAUGAGGAUUAGUUAGGCGUUUUUCAGACUAUAAGCGUUAAGUUAUAUUUUUUAAUUUAUUCCAAGUAAAGAGCUCUGAUAAGCGGCCAGCUGAAGCAUGUGCAGCAAGAGCUGCACAAGUGCUCUGGUCCCCAUGGAUGACGUUCCCAUGCCCCAGCGUUUAGUGCAGCUUUUUGCUGCACCUGCUCCAGCGCCGUUGAGCAAGUAAAAAC